UUUACGACAUGCGUGGAAGAGCUUGAGUGAUCGCUGCUUAGAUAUGCAGCUCUGCCAUCGGCACGGAGUAUGAAAAUUUGUUACAGUGCUGCCGGCGAUAACUAGCGGAUUGUGAGCUAUUGUGAAUCGACUAUCAACCAUUCUCACAGGGAAACGGUCCCGCUGAAUAAGACCGAAGACCUCUUAUAAUAAAAGUAGCCAUAUACAGAAACUAAUCUCGAACAUGGCAGAUCUCAAUGUAGCCACGAUGAUGUCGCUGGCUGGACGAGUAGGACUAGUUACGGGCGGCGGAACGGGGAUAGGAUUCAUGAUUGCUAAAGCAUUUGCUGCAAACGGAGCCAAGGUAUAUAUCACUGGCCGAAGGCUGGACGUGCUCAAGGAGGCCGCCGCCUCGCUUACGAACGUCCCAGGAUCUCUUGUCCCACUGCAGAUGGACGUAACGGACGAAGAGGCCGUCAAAGCCAGCGCCAAGCACAUCGAAGGAAUCGAUGGCAGGCUUGAUAUUCUUGUCAACAACGCCGGGUUUAAUGCCUCCCUUCGCGACCCAGAUUUCUCCCAAAAGAAGCUAGCGGCAUCAGAUCCCUUCGAACCCGAGACAGUACAGAACUGGAUGGAUAUCUUCGCGUUAAAUACCAUCGCGCCAUUCUUCGCCGUCCGCGCCUUCCAAUCCCUCCUCAUCAAAGGAGCGCAUUCCCGUCCUCAAGGCACGUCAAGCGUCAUCAACGUCAGCAGCGUGGGGGCAAAGAUUAACACUGCAGUAUCAGUAGGCACUUUAGCGUACGGCCCGACGAAAGCAGCCUUGGACAAGCUCACCCUCGUUCUGGCGACGAGCUUUGCCGGGAGGGGUAUCCCGAUUCGGGUGAACGCGCUGCAGCCUGGAGUGUUUGCGUCACAGAUAGGUAGUCCCGAGAUCAUGGAAGUGAUCAAAACGAAGCCAUUACCUGGGUUUGUAGCCCCAAUACCCGAGGGGAGGCAAGGGACUGAUGCGGAGAUGGGGAUGGCGGCAAUUUAUUUGGCAGUAUCUGACUAUACGAACGGGGCGGCUUUGACUGUUGGUGGUGGAAUAGCGUUGGUCAAUCCCUGAAGAGUUGAUCUUCGAUCUUCGUGCACUUUUUUUUAUGGCUCCUCUUGCUUUAAGCCUUUCAUGUAAACAGAUCCAUUCUUGACCCGCUCCGUAAGGUGCUUUCUCUGCCCUGUUUAUGCUUUUUUCUCGAGGUGGGUGAAAGAUAAGGGAUGGCUGACAACUUGAGGCUUAGGCGAUUGUCAUGAGUCGCUUUCAUACACUAUAUGUAUCUAGGGCUCGUCAUGGUGUGCAAACAAACUGCCAGUUAUUUUCUUCUAAAGUGGUUUUCCAGUUUAAGGGCAUGUAGUGCUAGAAGUCUGGCCCGUCAAGUUUGUCCUACACACGAUAAUAUCGAUUAACA